UCAUAAAAAGUUAGCCUAAGAAAAAGACAUAAGUCACAAGGUGAUCAAUAAAUAAAUCAUUAUCAUCUUCAUCAAGAACCUAAGAAAAAAAUAAUAUCUAUGGCUUCUUUUUCUUCUUACAUUUUCUUGAUUAUAUUGUUCAUAAUUUCUGUUGGAGCUUCAGAAAUUAAGUCAAUUUAUCUUCCAGGAACAUACCAAUCUUCAUUACUAGUAAAGAAACAUGAUGAAAAGACAAAAAUACCCUUUAAAACUCAUUAUUUCCCUCAAAUUCUUGAUCAUUUCACUUUUCUACCAAAGAGUUCAAAAGUAUUUUAUCAAAAGUAUCUCAUAAAUGAUCAAUAUUGGCAUAAAGAAGGAGGAGGGCCCAUCUUUGUAUACACUGGCAAUGAAGGGAAUAUUGAUUGGUUUGCUGUAAACACCGGAUUCAUGAUUGAUAUUGCUCCGAAGUUCAAUGCUCUCCUAGUCUUCAUUGAACAUAGGUUUUAUGGAGAUUCAAUGCCAUUUGGAAAUAAUUCUUACAAGUCAGCAAAGACUUUGGGAUACUUGAAUUCACAACAAGCAUUGGCUGAUUAUGCUGUUCUCAUAAGGAGCUUGAAGCAAAAUCUUUCUUCUGAUUCAUCACCUGUUGUGGUUUUUGGUGGCUCUUAUGGAGGAAUGUUGGCUGCUUGGUUUAGACUGAAGUACCCACAUAUAGCCAUUGGUGCAGUGGCAUCUUCAGCACCAAUAUUGCAAUUUGACAAAAUCACACCAUGGUCAAGCUUCUAUGAUGCUGUUUCCCAAGAUUUCAAGGAUGCAAGCUUGAAUUGUUAUAAAGUGAUAAAGGGGAGUUGGGCAGAGUUGGAUGCAUUAUCAACACAUGAUGAUGGAUUGAUUGAAGUUAGUAAACUUUUCAGAACUUGCAAGGCUUUACAUUCAGUUUAUUCAGCUAGAGAUUGGCUAUGGGAAGCUUUUGUAUACACAGCUAUGGUGAAUUAUCCUACUGAGGCUAACUUUAUGAUGCCAUUGCCAGCAUAUCCAGUUGAAGAGAUGUGCAAGAUAAUUGAUGGAUUGCCAAAAGGAGCUUCAAAGCUUAGCAAGGCAUUUGCUGCAGCAAGUUUAUAUUACAAUUAUACACAAAAAGAAAAAUGUUUCAAUUUAGAAGGUGGUACUGAUUCUCAUGGUCUUCAUGGUUGGGACUGGCAGGCAUGUACAGAAAUGGUUAUGCCAAUGACUUGUUCAAAUGAAAGUAUGUUUCCUCCAUCUUCCUUUAGCUACAAGGAAUUCUCACAAGAUUGUAAGAAGCAAUAUGGAGUAAAACCUAGACCACAUUGGAUCACUACUGAAUUUGGUGGCUAUAGAAUUGAGCAAGUCCUCAAGAGAUUUGGAAGCAACAUGAUAUUCUCUAAUGGAAUGCAAGAUCCAUGGAGCAGAGGAGGUGUAUUGAAAAAUAUAUCGUCUAGCAUUGUGGCUUUGGUAACUCAGAAAGGUGCACACCAUGUUGACUUUAGAUCAGAGACAAAGAAUGACCCAGACUGGUUAAUUAUGCAAAGGAAGCAAGAAGUGGCUAUUAUUGAAAAGUGGCUAGAAGAGUACUACAAAGAUCUCAAACAAAAUUAGAUAUAAUAUGAAUAUGUAGUGUCACUUUAGACACAUCAUGUAACUUUGGACAUUAUUGUGGAAGAAAAUAAAAAGUUGUCAUAAAAAAAAUUAUAUUAAUUUGGGUUUCAUUUCUAUAAAUUAAUCUUUUGAAAAAGGAUAUUUACGGAAUAUAUAUAUAUUAAAAAUUAUCUUUCAUAGGUAUAUAUUUUGAAUAUAAGUACUUAUCUAAAUUUUC